GCUUUUUCAUGCCCCGCAGGCCCUUACAUGCGUUUCCUAUCUUCUAAUAUCCUCGCGCUGAUAGGAUAAGACGUACUUUGUUGAGUGUGUUGACCUGUUGACUCUUAUCUGAGCGCAAGAGAACUCUUUUGGCGGCCAUACACAGGAAAACCAUUCCACUAUGAAGGCUUAUUGGUUUGACAACAAACCGGGCGACCAGCGGGAACCCCAUGACUCUGGCCGUCCGGUGACGGUGGACUACCUUGCCUCCAUUGGAGUGCAGUACUACCAUUUCCCCUCCCUCGAGUCUGUCAAUGAAUUGGCGAAGGAACGUGGAUACAAGAACCGCGAUGAGAUUGUCGUUUCUCCACAGACGAUGGGUGAUGUGUACGAGGAGAAGGUGAAGAUGUUCUUCAAUGAGCAUCUGCACGAAGAUGAGGAGAUCCGCUACAUCCGUGACGGCGAGGGUUACUUUGACGUGCGGGGCCAGGAGGACGAAUGGGUCCGGAUCAAGUUGGUGAAGGAUGACUUGAUCAUUCUUCCCGCUGGUAUCUACCAUCGUUUUACCACUGAUGACAAGAAUUACGUCAAGGCUAUGCGCCUUUUCCAGGAAGAGCCUAAAUGGACCCCUUGAACCGUGCCCCUGAUGUCGAUGAGAACGCUCAUCGGCAGUCUUACCUCCGCACGGUCCAGAACAAGGCUGUUGCUUAGAACAUUUGCUUUCCAUUGAUGACUUAAUGCUAAUUGCCAGCAUGGUGAGAGGCAUGGCUGAUAGCGGGGCCAAGACUACCGUUUGCCAUGAGAUUCCGGUGCUUGUAGCUCAUAACUGAUGGUUUUGUAUAUAUCAUAGCAGUUCGAUAGAUCAUGACACUUUUCACGUACAACGACUAUGGAAUCCCC